AUGCUCAGCCGCACACGGUUUUGCCGCGCAGGCUUUAAGAAGGUUUUGGUGGCGAAUCGUGGCGAAAUUGCAUGCCGCGUGUUUCGCACAUGUCGUGAGAUGAGGAUAAAGACCGUGGCUGUUUGCUGCGAGUGUGAGUUGAAUGCCAAGCAUGUGCAGGAGGCGGAUGAGGCCUUUGUACUGGGCCCACCACCCGCUACACUGUCUUAUCUUCGAGGUGAACGGAUUAUCGAGGCUGCAAGGAGGCUUCGUGCCGACGCAGUGCAUCCGGGGUAUGGAUUUCUCUCAGAAAGCCCGGAGUUUGCCGCUGCCGUUGCAGCAGCAGGGUUAGAGUUUAUCGGACCCCCGGCUUCGGCCAUGGCCUCAAUGGGUUCCAAGAGCGAGAGCAAGCGCAUCAUGGAAGCCGCAGGGGUUCCCGUUGUGCCGGGCUACUAUGGCGAGGACCAAUCGUUUGAGCGCUUGUUUGAAGAAGCGAAUAAAAUUGGAUUUCCCGUACUUAUCAAGGCAGUUUCGGGCGGUGGUGGGAAAGGCAUGAAGAUUGUGCAGAACGUGGAGGAAUUUGAAAUCAUGUUGGAAAGCGCAAAACGUGAGGCCAUAAAUUUCUUUAAGGAUGAUCGAGUUCUGCUGGAGCGUUACAUUACGCAGCCACGCCACAUUGAGUGCCAGAUUUUUUUUGAUAAGUUUGGAAACGGGGUGUUUUUCUCUGAACGAGACUGCAGUGUUCAACGGCGGCACCAAAAAGUGAUUGAAGAGGCCCCGGCACCUCACUUAUCCGCGGAAGUGCAACAGCAGAUUGGGAAGGUUUCAUUGACGGCAGCAAAGGCGGUCGGGUACGUUGGAGCGGGGACAGUGGAGUUUAUUUUUGAUACGGAUAGAAACAUAUUUUUUUUUAUGGAAAUGAACACGCGCCUGCAGGUGGAGCACCCGGUGACGGAGGAGGUAUGCCGCAUUCAAGGAAGGCCUCUGGACCUUGUGCGUUUGCAGCUCGAAACUGCCGCGGGGACUCCCUUGGGAUUCACUCAGGAGGAUAUUUUGAUUCAUGGGGCAUGUGUGGAAACUCGAAUAUACGCUGAAUCCCCUGAGAAGGGGUUUCUGCCCGGCAGUGGAAGGCUGGAAUACAUUCAGGAGCCACCACAAGGCAUGCACGGCGGCGUGAAGGUCCGACUCGACACUGGAUUCCGCACUGGAGACGAUGUGCUUCUCCACUAUGACCCAAUGAUUGCAAAGCUGGUGGUUUGGGGGGAGGAUCGUUCUAAAGCUCUCGAAGGUAUGUAUACAGCUUUGGAUGAGUACCACAUUGUUGGUGUGCAAACAAACGUUGAGUUUCUUAAGCGUUGCCUCAAGAAUUCCGCGUUUGUUGAAGGUGGUGUGACGACAAACUUUAUUGAGACGAACCUAACGGAUCUGCUCCAAAAAAAACCUCUCACGGAGUCAGUUCUAGCAUUGGGAGCCGUAUCCUUUCUGAACAGCUUUGGACCCGUCACAGCUGCAUUUCGGUUAAACCAUGCAUUGGUUCAGCGUGUGGCUUUUGUUAUCGAUGGUCGUACCGUGACUGUAUUGGUCAGUGUUUCUUCUGACGGCUGUUUUCUUUGCGGCAUUGAUGGUAGCCGCUGCAGAGUUAGGGUUGAGCGUUGGAACCCCAUAAGCAGUGGCACCUUUGCCUUUACCGUAAGGAUGGAUGACGGGUGUCGGUUCGAUUGUACUUCUAUUGUGGCAAGCAACGAGAUUGCCUUGGUGCUUCCAGAGGGAUUUUAUACCUUGAGGCUACCGUCGCUGGCUGAAGACUUUGGCAAUGCGGCUCUGCAGGAAGCCGGGUCGGCGCGUGUGGUGAGUCCCAUGCCGGGGAAGGUGACCAAGCUGCUUGUGCUCAACGGUGCGACGGUGAAGCAGGGUCAGCCAAUCCUCAUGCUUGAGGCGAUGAAAAUGGAACACUUUGUCAGGGCGACCUGUGAGGGUGAGUUGGAGUUCUGCGUGAGGGACGGUGAGACGGUAGGCGGAGAUCAUUUGCUUGCCAGCAUUACUCCGGCCUCAUAA